AUGGAUUCAUUUGAUGGCAGUCCAUUGGUUUCUCCAACAAAGGCACGCCAAGCGGCCAUUCAAGCCAAAGAUUGGGCGUAUGUGAACUCCUGGCUCACCCGACAAUACGCGUCUAAACCAGUGCCCCAAUUCGAACGCAACGAAGACACACUCCGUGCUCUCCUGACAUUGGCAGCAGCCAAUGACUCCGCCGAUGAAGAAGUUACCUUACAGAACAAUGCGCGCAAAGAAUCCCUUCAAACCUACAAAUUACAAAAGGAGGCCGAGAGAAACGAUAUACAUGAACGGCAGAGAAACGAGAUUCUGGAUGAGUUAGAGAUGUGCUUGGAUGAUAGAGGCAAGCACGAUCUGAAUGAUCUCGCAAAUUCCGCGGUCAUUCUCGGCAACACCUUGGAUCCAGAACCGGAAGGUCUCGGCCUGUCUAUCGUGGAACUCACAGCUGAAGAGUUCGACAUUCAAGAUCAAGUGACAAAAGUGGACACGGUACAUCGUUAUUUGCAGCAGGAGCUUGCAAAGCUGCAAAUAGACUUGGACAAAUUGAAAACCGAGAAAUCAUUUGAGGCACCGGCCAACGCCCAAAGUUUGACCUCGGAGUGGGUGCGAGACACCAAAACGUUAUCAACGAAGGUUGGGGAAUACCGGGAUCGUAUUGCAUCACUCGAGCGGAGUCAACCUCGUGGUCCCACAAUUGACGAACUGAUGGUCAAGGAGGAGGCUGUCAUAAGACUACGCGAGACAGUCAAGUCUCUCGAGGCGCGCGUGAAGACUUUUCAUGAUCUACCCAAGGAUAUUGUCGGGGCCCGGGCAAAGUACAAGAGUCUAGAGCGAGAAUUAGCACAGCUAACACAACAGCGGGAUAUGAUGUUCGGCGACCUUGUUAACUGA